AUGCGUGAAUCAAACUUCGCUUUUCCGGCGCAGAAUAGGGCUUGUGUGUGUAUAACGUCUCAACUUUAUGAUAGGCGAGCAUUGGAUACAACCUCGCCAUUGCCGCUCUUCAACUCGCUUACGCAGCUGGUAUACCUUACAUCGACUUCUCCGAGAAUCCGAGAAAUUAUGACCAUGGACGGUGGACUCGAGCGCCUAGUACUAGUACGCAUCCUUCAUGACUUCUGCAUAUGCCCGCCGCCGCCAGAGAAUCCCGCCAUGCUGUAUGGACUUUCCCCGCCCACCGCACGGCCGAACAAACUCGUACCCACUCUCAAUCCGCCAUCCUUCGAUAAACACGCUGCCUACAGAUUCUCGCUCGCUUUCCAGUGCCUAGUCAACAUUGGGAGGCGUGGCUUGCGAACAAGGGAUUUGCGGUUGGGCCCAGCGCGAGUGCUACUGGUAUGCCCCAAGGAGACGAGGGAGCAGCGUCAGGCAAGGCGGAUGUUGCAGAACGAGCAGAGACAGCGUCAAGAUGUUGACGCGCUGUAUAGGGCUCUCAUUCGGCAGCAAAUGGAGCAGCAGGCGGAGGGACGAUCAGCAGAACCGGAGCCACUCCCUUCGUUCAACGGGCAUCCCAGUCGCCCGCGGCCACUUCUGCACAUACCCAGCCACCCCCUUCGUCUUAACGUCACACCCAGCCACCCCCUUCGUUCAACGGGCACCCCCGUCGCCCGCGGCCACUUCUGCACGUACCCAGCCACCCCCAUCGUCUCAACGGGCAUCCCAGUCGCCCGCAGCGCCCGGUGCACACAUACAGCUGAAGACGCAGCGCCGUCUUACGCACAGGCGUCCCCGUAG